ACGAGGCCACCGGUAUGUACCCCAGCUCACAGUCGGUCAGACACCCGACUCAGGCUCUGUCAAUGAACAGUCAGUACAUUCCGCCUCCGUAUGACUUCACCGGCUAUCAUCACGUCCAGGGAGUCGGUGACCAGUCAACGAGUGCCUGGAACCCUUUUUACUCUCCCCGGGAGGAGUAUCCGUACAGCUUCCCGGGGUCAAGCCCCAGCGCCGGGCAGGUCAGCUUCACCUCCCCGGAUUUGAGCGGCACGCCCACCGCCGCCGGAGGAGGGUCGUACACCCCGUAUAACUUAAUCUCUGGACAGGACCCUUUCAGCUGCAGGAGGAGGCCACAUGAAUCCAUCAGACCGUCCGUUUCAGGAGGGAAGACUCGCACUAAGGACAAGUACAGGGUGGUGUACACUGACCACCAACGUCUGGAACUGGAAAAGGAGUUUCAGCACAACCGCUACAUCACCAUGAGGAGGAAGAGUGAGCUGUCGAUGGCACUGAGCCUCUCCGAGAGACAGGUGAAGAUCUGGUUUCAGAACAGACGCGCCAAAGAGAGGAAAAUCAACAGGAAGAAGCUGCAGCACUCCCAGCAGGCCUCUACCACUACACCCACCCUACCUGUAGUAGGUGGACCCACUGACAUUCAUGUCACCACCAGCCCCAGCAGCAACAUUCUGUCUGAUGCAAUAUCAGAGGAAUACUAGGUGGAUUUCAUAUGGAAGACUGAUGGAGCAUCUGAUGUGUACAUAGUUGUUUUUUUUUGUUUUUUUUAUAAGUUCACCACAGAAUGAAUGGAGAUGAUUCAACAUGAUGUUAUAAUGCUGCACCUUCUGCCUCUCACAUUAACAAGCACCACUGAUCUUUUGUACUGAUCGUCUCUUCUGGACGUUUGCUGACCACAGGACUUUAACUUGUCACUUGUCAAACGUACGUGCUGUGUUUACGAACUGGUGGUUAAAGUGACAAUGAAACUGUGUUUUCAGAAGUUCCUUUCUUUAACGUACAGGCAUGUUGAAAUGUUCUUGGUUGAUGGUGACAGAGAGGAUAUGCGCAUGUACUGUAUAUUCACGUAUCUGCAACCUGACCAAGAAAAGAGGAAUGGUGUGUAUUUGUUUCGUCUCUCUUUCUUUGUGGUCUAACUAUGUGAGGAAAUAAAUCUCAAAAUCAUACUUGAGCACGGAAAUUAAAAUGGUCACAGCAGAUUGCGUCAAGAUAUCAGAUACCAGCUUCUCACUUAUUUUUAACUGAAGUAAAAUUAAUAUAUGGCAAAUAGAUUAAUUCUUUUGGUUUGUUAUUACUAAGGAAGGAAAGGUUAUGCCAAAGUUCAACAAUUCUUUAAUGCUCUUUUCUUCUUUCUAUCUUCUUUCUGUUGAAAAUUGAGGAUAUAUCACAGGAACCAGUGGGUUUCAGUCACAGGGAGGAAGCUAUAUAUAGCGUAAUGGAGGAGGUAAAGUCACAGAAAUGUUGAAAAAAUAUAGGAAGUAAGAAAUGAUAAACGGGUGUAAAACAUGACAUGUAUUCUAAAUUUUUUUGCAACAUUGUGGUAAAAGCAAGGACCUGAGAGGAAAUGUGUUUAAAAAGGAAAAAGACAUUCAGACGGCAGUGUUUAGCCACAUCCUGAAAAACAGCUGUAGAUAGUUCAACCGCACGACUCACAAUCUAUGGUCAUUCUACUACUAAACACAGACAUUCAUCUUAAUCAUGAACCUGUGAGAAGAUUUCAACUGAGGAAAGUCAGUGCUUCCCUUAUGUAUGUUUGAAAAAUAAUAAUGUAUUACACAUGUAAGAAAUGUUAACACACCUGCACAUGUUGCUGUUUGUAAGUCACUUUAAAGAAUCGGCAGGAAAAAUGGCAAAUGUUGCAAUGCAAAUUUAGUCUCAACCAGUCAACCAAGGACUGCAAAAACUGUUUUAAAAUAAACCUCUGUACCACAAACUUGUGCAACCCAUGUGUUUUUGCAAUUAGGGUGUGCAGUGAAGGAUUUCUCUCUUUUCUCCUUCAGCACUUGUUAUUAUUUGUUCUUUAAUAAUUUUUUUGUGGGUUUUCAUAUGUUGAAGAUUUGUAAAAUGCCUUUUGCUGUACAUUUUUGUAAAGAAGAAAAAAGAAAAGAAAGCACCAAGGUUUAUUGAUCAGGUUGAAUUUUCUGUUCAUUAGCACUAACCACACUCAGUCAGCUGUGGGUCUAUUUGCUUUCACUGCACCACAAUUAUCUGAAACAUUUCAAAAGAGACAAGUUUCUUCAUAACUUCAGGCCCCCAAUGAAGACACGCACCAGUGGUAUAAAGUACCUGGCCACUAAUGUAUUCAUUUAAUGAAAUUAUGGCCUGAGAUUACCAAAGUUUUGCACCAUACGUAUAUAUUAAUAUGCUUCAGGACUUCAGUGUAAUAAUUCAGCUCCUGGCUUAUGACAGAUGUUUUCAUAGUAACGUUUAUAUCUUUCUACACUGCAUUUCUUUACUUUCUGUUGCAUAGUAAUCAGCUGUACUGUACACAUGUUGAAUAUGAAACAAAAAAGAGUGCUGCAUCAAACAAUAUUUUUGUUUGUUCUCAAAUGAAAUGUUAAAUUAUAAGUCACUUGAAAGUUACCAUCAACCAAAGACUGACAUACCCAGAACGGAAGAACUGGCACCAAUCAAAAGUCUUACUUUUAUAGUUUAAUGGCUUUGGCAUGGCAUGGUCACAUCACAUGAAAGUGUCACGACAAUGAUAAAAUCUCCUGGUUUUUAUGAGGAAAAAAAUAAAUGUUCAAUUGUGGUUCAACCAAACCUAUGAAGAGUUCAGGUGCAGCAGCUUAAUCUCUUUGGAUAAACUAUGUAAUGCACAUAUUAAAAGGUGAACAGCUGAAACAAAGCUCAACAAGUUGUUACCCACACAAUUAUUAUAUUGCAUAAAGUAGAACUGGCUGACUGAUCAGAUGGCAAAAUGAUACUGGAUCACUGGAGCAGGUUUAUUACACUUCUCCUGUGUUGUCAAUCAUUUGCUCAGGAGAUCAUGUCAGUCAGGUGUUCAGAUGUGUUUCAAUGAAAAAAGGAGCUCAGGUGGUUGUUUAAGGACACUACAGCUAUCAUGGACCAUAAAUGCCAAUUUUAUGGCACUGUGAAUCAGCUGAAUAGGAGUCCAUGGUUGGCAACCUUUAACCCUUAACCAACCAUCAAACAAAACCAAACAUGUAACCUGUCUUUAAUUAAACCCACAUUAAACAACUGAAAGCACAGUAUGUUAACAUAACUACCAAAAAAAAAAAAAA